CGCCGCCGCCCGUUGCAAAGGUUGGCUCUUGUAAGGCACUGGGAGACUUGGAAGUGACUCGGAAGGGGGUGGAGCUGUGGACAGGGGAAGCGUCUGAAACGGAUGGAAACUGAGCUGGAACCUCCGUGUGCCAUUCAACAGGCCCACUGCCAGGAAAUGGAGUGCUCUGCCCCUUCGGAGGUCUUCCCUCCCCCGAUGAGGAUUCCUGAAAAGAUGCCACCAGUCAAGCCUUGCUUUAAGAAGAAGCAGCAGAUGCAGAAAAGGUUGGAUACAGAAGCGCUCCGGGCUUUGCGUCCCAUCUUUACCAGUUUGCUUGGCACGGGCACCUUGGAUGAGAUCUUUGUGCCCAGGGGACAGAAUGCCGGCCAUGGUAACUUGUGCGAACCUGUUGCAAAGAAGGACUUGGGGGACGCGGCUCCGUGCCCACCCCCGAAUGACAGUGUGUCGGUGUUGAUUCCAGGAACGCCAGGUGCUCAGGGGCAAAUAUCCGAGGGUUCUCCGGAAAGGGAGGCCCAGCCUGGGGAGCAGAGCUUCCCCUCUGCUACCUCUCCAACAAAUGAGCCAUUCCAGGACCACUCCUUGCAUGCUGCCUCCAAUACUGCUGCUGCUGCCUUUCUUUCGUGCCCUGGCAAGAUACUUGAAGGUUGCCCUCCUGGGGCACUCCCGGACAAUAAUAGCUGCCUGGUCCAGUGCAACGUGAACCCGAGUGAGAAGUUUGGAGCUGGGCUUUUCCAGAACAAAAGUGAGGAAGCUUCUCUGGAUCUCGUGUUUGAACUUUUGAACCAGCUGCAGUAUCACACCCACCAGAAGGACAGAAUUGACAUCUGUGUGAAUUUCCUACAGGGUGUGUGCAUCUAUGGCAGCGAUUGCCCCAAGCAUCACACGGUCCUGCCGUAUCACUGGCAGGUCAGGAGGACAGCUACCCAGAUGUGGCAGAGCGUGAACACCGACUCACAGGAGCAUUUGGAAAGACUCUACUGCAAUCCGGACAAUGACAAGGUCAAAGUCAGAUAUUGUGGUCACGAUUUUUUAGUAGACUUGAAUACUUUGACGUUUUACGACACAACGGAAUUCGACCAGUUGAGGAGGCUGUCUACACCUGUGUGCACAAGUGCCAACUCCAACUACUACACAAUCUGGAAAUACUUCUGCAGGGACCACUUUGGCUGGAGAGAAUACUCGGAGCCUGUUGUACGAUUGAUAGAAGAAGCCAACUGUCGAGGUCUGGCAGAAGUUCGAUUUGUUACAUGGCACAACCGUUAUAUCUUGAACAUUAAAGAUGGCUUCCAGCAAAAUGCAUGCGUUCGAAGAGAAAUAAAGAGAAGACCACUCUUCCGCUCCUGUGUGAUCCUCAUGCCAUUCUUGCAGACUCUUGGCGGCAGUCCCACGGCGCCGACGACCGAGUCCAUCGCCUCGCAGGUCUUAUCCCCGACUUCUGUUACCUCUCCAAACUUCUAUCCUGAAACUUGGAUUAACAUGGAUCCGGCUCAGGACUUCAUUCAAGUGCCUGUUUCAAAGGAAGACAAAAGCUACCGAACCAUUUAUAAUCUCUUCCAUAAGACUGUGCCAGAGACCAAAUACCGGAUUUUGAAAAUACUGCGAGUUCAAAACCAGUUUUUGUGGGAGAAAUACAAGAGAAAAAAGGAAUACAUGUCUAAAAAAAUGACAGGACUAGACAGAAUCACGAAUGAAAGACACUUGUUUCACGGGACCUCGGAGGACGUCGUGGAUGGGAUCUGCAAGCACAACUUUGACCCUCGGGUGUGCGGGAAACAUGCCACCAUGUUCGGGCAAGGCAGCUACUUUGCCCGCAAAGCCAGCUACUCGCAUAACUUCUCCAAGCGCUCGCCCAAAGGGAUCCAUUACAUGUUCCUGGCUAAAGUACUGACGGGAAAGUACACGGUGGGCAACCACACCAUGAGGAGGCCUCCCCCAGUGAAUCCCACUAGCAUCACCAGUGACCUCUACGACUCCUGUGUGGACAACUACUUUGAGCCCCAGAUCUUUGUCAUCUUUAACGACGACCAGAGCUAUCCCUAUUUUGUUAUCCAGUAUGAAGAAGUUAGCAACACUGUCUUGAUCUGAAAGAUAUAUUUCCUGUCGAUAAGUUAUUGUUUGUAACCAACUUUAACCUGAUAUUUGUAGAAUGGACCCCUUUGUUGGGGAAGGGAAAAACCCAAUUGUGGAACUUUUAAUAAAGAUACGGGGGGU